AUGGACAAGAUCAAGGUCAAAUACCAGCUCAAAAACGAAGACUGGAAACCCUCACCAAUCACAGCUCUUGCCACAAGUAUCGACGGUUCACGAGUCGCCGCCUCACGUGAGGACGGUUCCUUGGAGCUUUGGCUCGUUUCUCCUAACACAAUAGGCUGGCACUGUCAAUUGACUAUUCAUGGUGACCCUAAUAGAAUUGUAUCGUCGCUAGUUUGGUGUCCUGGUGGGGAAAAAGGAUUUCCGCAUGGACGUUUGUUUUCUUCCAAUAUUGAUGGUUCUGUUUCGUUUUGGGAUCUUUGUCACUUGAAGCAAACGAUGGUGCUUGAAUCUAAUGGUGUCUCAAUCUGGCAAAUGGCUGUGGCUAUGUCCAAAGGUGAUGAUGGCGAAACCAAUGGUGUUCAUAUUGAAAAUGGUUUUUCAAAGAGAUUUCUUAAUGGUUUUGAUGAACAUGAGGACAGUGAAAGUGAUGAAGAUUCUGAUUCACCUGAGGUUCUAAAGCAAUCCAUUUUAGAGGGUCCAAGAGUAGCGGUUGGUUUUGAUGAUGGAUGUGUUAGAAUUUACACUAUAUCUGAUUCAAAUGAAUUUAUAUACUUAAAAUCCUUGACCCGGGUAUCAGGACGAGUUUUAAGUGUGGCUUGGAGUGCCGAUGCUAAAUUCAUAUUUUCAGGGAGUAGUGAUGGGAUAAUACGUAUCUGGAAUGCCAAAUCAGGUCUUGAAGCCCAUAGGAUUCAAGCUAGACUCGGUGGUGACAGUGGACAUGAACUUUGUAUAUGGUCACUACUGUAUUUGAGGUCUGGGACACUUGUUAGUGGAGACAGCAGUGGGAGUGUCCAGUUUUGGGAUUGCCAACAAGGAGCUACAUCUCAAGAACCUAUUACUCGUCACAAGGGAGAUGUACAUGCUUUGGCAGCAGCCCCUAAUCACAGUAUGGUGUUCUCUGCCGGUUCUGAUGGAAAGGUUGUUCUUUAUAAACUGUCUUCAUCAACCAUGGAGAAAGAGAAUUGGGUAUAUGUUGAUUAUAAAAAAGGUCAUUCACAUGAUGUCCGAGCCUUGACUGUUGCUGUGCCAAUUAGCCAAGAAGAUACUUUGCCUGAUGAAAGGAUCAAAAGAGCUCGUCAUGAAGUAAAGCCAGAUGAUUCUAGUUACCACAAAUGGGCUCAUUCAGGGCAGCCAAUGCUUAUCUCAGCAGGGGAUGACACAAAACUCUAUGCAUACGCUGUUAAAGAAUUCACCGGGUUUAAACCUCAUUGUAUCUGUCCUGUGCCUCAGAGAACACCCUUACAAGUAGCACUUAAUACUUCCUUCAAUCAAUCACCGAUGCUUUUACUGCAGUCUUCACAUUGGAUAGAAAUCCGUUUGCUACAUCUCAAAAGUGUUUGCAGAACCGGAGACUAUGCAAAGGCUGAAAGUGUUGGCCGAUUCAAGAUAAAGGCAUCUCGUAAAAUAAUUUGUAGCGCCCUUGCUAAUACAGGGGUGUUUUUUGCGUAUUCCGAUAAUGAAAAGCCUAUUCUUUAUAAAGUGGAGAGAUCCGAAGCAGGAAAAAUUACAUGGAGUUUUGGUAAAAGGAAGCUUCCCGAGAGAUUACCAACUGCCCAUUCAAUGAUUUUUUCUCACGACUCUUCUUGGUUGAUAGUAGCUGGCCUUGAUAGAAGGAUAUAUGUUGUGGAUGCCAAUAGCUCGGAUCUGGUACAUACGUUUACACCAUUUCGUGAAUCACAAGAUGAAAACGAUGGAUUAUCAACAGCUGAACCACCCAUCACAAAAUUGUGUACUAGUUCUGAUAGACAGUGGUUGGCCGCCGUGAAUUGCUUUGGGGAUAUAUAUGUAUUUAACUUGGAGACACUGAGGCAGCACUGGUUCAUUUCAAGAUUGGAUGGCGCCUCUGUUACAGCUGCUGGAUUUCCACCUCAGAACAACAAUGUACUUAUAGUUACAACUUCUUCAAAUCGAGUGUAUGCAUUUGAUGUAGAGGCCAGACAAUUGGGGGAAUGGUCGGUGCGGAAUACAUUUGUUCUUCCCAAGAGAUUUCAUGAAUUUCCGGGUGAAGUCAUAGGACUUUCAUUCCCUCCCUCUUCAACUUCAUCUUCAGUAAUGGUCUACAGCUCCAGGGCAAUGUGCUUGAUCGACUUCGGCUUGCCCGUGAAUCAAGAUGAAGGUGAAAUGUUACAUACUCGAGAUUCAGUGGUCAAGAGUUUGCCAAAUAUAAACGGUAAGAAAAAGACUAAAUUUAGGAAGAACUUUGAAAACUUUGAAGUUUUGCCGUUAGAAAAGGAUAGAGUGUUAUACCUAUCCCAUAUUUCAAAUAGUCUCUUCUUUAUGAUAGAAAAACCAUGGUCUGAUGUAGUCAAUAGCUUAGAAGUUCAACCUGUCCACAGACAUAUUUAUGGGGCAUAG